AUGAAGAACUAGCACUAAGAUUUGCCUGAAAGAGAUGCAAGCAUUGAAAUCAACAAGAUAUGUCGACACUAGCUGUCGAGCAAUGGCAGCCCUGAAAGAAAGUCCGCAUGAUGUCUAUCUCAUUCACCUCGUUCGUUUGCAGCAAAAGGCCGACAAAGUGGGAGACGUCCUCUAUAACGACGAUCUCGAUCCCUUAUCAGGAAUGAUGCCAUCCAAUUCUUUCAGCAUUUCGAUGCUCGAAAAGGAGGUCGCAGAUAUCGAUCCGAUGAAACGAGCAUCCAUCAGCCAAGCAUCCCUACUAGACAUGUCGCACAAGAUCCUCUAGAUAUAUCUCUUCAAGAUCGUGCUGAAUGAUCGCCUGUUCCCUUCAAACUCUUCCUUCACUAGCCUUCGCACGAAACUGUUCUUCUCGUGUUUGUCGGCUAUUCAAUCGCUGAUCUCUACCUUCUGCGAGCUUCCUCCGGACACGAUUCUCUCGCUGCCAUAUGCUUUUUAGGCCAUGAAGGCCCGUGCA